CCGAGCUGGGGCGGGGCGCAGAGGUGCCUUCGCUGCUGCCACCGCCGGGAGCUACUCGGGAGUGUACGAGGCUCUGGAAAAACCAAGGUCCCCAGCUAGGAGCGUUUACCUGCGAGCCACGACCGGGCAGCCACCAUGGCGCUCCUACUGUGCUUCGUGCUUCUGUGCGGGCUUGCGGAUGUGACAAGAGGCUUGAGUAUCACUACUCCUGAGCAGAGUAUCGAGAAAGCUAAAGGGGAAACCGCUUAUCUACCAUGCAAGUUUACACUUGAUCCCCAAGACCAGGGGCCACUGGACAUCGAAUGGCUGCUCUCCCCAUCUGAUAACCAGAAGGUGGAUCAAGUGAUUAUUUUGUAUUCUGGAGACAAAAUUUAUGAUAACUACUAUCCGGAUCUGAAAGGACGAGUACAUUUUACGAGUAAUGAUGUCACGUCUGGUGAUGCGUCUAUAAAUGUAACGAAUCUGCAGUUAUCUGAUAUCGGCACAUAUCAGUGCAAAGUGAAGAAAGCUCCUGGAGUAGCAAAUAAGAAAGUUCUGCUGACAGUUCUUGUUAAGCCUUCAGGUACGAGAUGUUUUGUUGACGGAUCGGAAGAGAUUGGCAAUGACUUCAAACUGAAAUGUGAACCAAAAGAAGGUUCACUUCCAUUGCGCUAUGAAUGGCAGAAAUUGUCAGACUCGCAGAGGAUGCCCACUCCAUGGUUGGCAGAAAUGACUUCACCCGUUAUAUCUGUGAAAAAUGCCAGUUCUGAGUACUCUGGAACAUACAGUUGCACAGUCCAAAACAGAGUGGGCUCUGAUCAAUGUAUGCUGCGCCUGGACGUUGUCCCUCCUUCAAACCGCGCUGGGACAAUCGCGGGAGCUAUCAUAGGAACGCUGCUUGCACUCGUGCUCAUCGGUGCCAUCCUCUUUUGCUGCCACAGGAAACGCAGAGAAGAGAAGUACGAGAAGGAAGUGCAUCACGAUAUCAGGGAAGAUGUGCCGCCUCCGAAGAGUCGGACAUCCACUGCCAGGAGCUAUAUUGGCAGCAACCACUCCUCGCUGGGAUCUAUGUCUCCUUCCAACAUGGAAGGGUAUUCCAAGACUCAGUAUAACCAAGUCCCCAGUGAAGACUUUGAACGAGCUCCUCAGAGUCCUACUCUGGCACCAGCUAAGGUAGCUGCCCCUAAUCUAAGUCGAAUGGGAGCGGUUCCUGUGAUGAUUCCAGCGCAAAGCAAGGAUGGGUCUAUAGUAUAGAAUUCUCCAUCUCUGUUUUCUGUUGUUUUCCAUGGCUCGUUUCUUGUCUUUAUAUAUCAAAACUUAUUCUAGUCUAAAUUUUGCUAACAGCAGCCCCAAAAUGUAUGUACACACACACACACACACACACACACACACACACACACACACACACAAAGUUAAUAAGAAACUAAAAGUAACACGCUCCACAGAUUUUUGUUUUUGUUUUUUUAUAGUGAAAUGGUAAAGACUUAAUAGUAAUGGCACUGAUCAUCUGGAGAAGAUGAGUUUUCUUAACAAGUUUAUUUCAAUGGCAUCUGAAUAGCAAUGCUCAAGAAAGAUAUGGCACUUUGAAUAUGAUGUCCUAGGUGAAGAAAUUUGUGAAUUUACACACAUACCAAAAUGAUACUUGAGUCAUCAGAAAAUGGUACUUUGUAGUUUUGGCCAUUAUUUUUAGGAUGUCUAUCUGUCUAGUUAUGAACAACAGUAUCCCUCAAAUUUAGGAAACAUCCAUGGAAAAUUGACUUGCCGUUUGAAUUUGUUUUUAUAAAUCUCUCAGAGAAUUCUAAGUGUAUUUGGGAUAUCUCUAAGAGUAGGAGACACUACAGUGUUUUAGAAAUGAGUAGUUUCAUUUCUAAGUCAUUCAUAAACAUUAUGAGAUGAUUUCUUUCUUUCUUUUUUGUGUUUUGUUUUGAGAUAGGGUCUUAGUAUGUAGCUUAGACUGGCCUGGAAUCAUGAUCCUUCUGCUUUAGCUUCCUGAAUGCUGGGAUUCCAAGUCUGGCUGUAGAACAGUUUCUUAAGUAUUUCACUGAGAGACUGCAGAGGCAACAGGAAGUAGUAACCUUUAUGUGGUAUGGAAAAGAAGCAAAUUUGAGAUUCGGCAGAAGCAUUUGCUUCUCCAUACAGAGAUGAAACCCUUGGGUGUGUAUGUCCAGUGCCCCAGGGCGUGUGGGUGAAACCCUUGAUUAUGUCCUGGGCCUCGGGGCCUGUGGGUGAAACCCUUGAUUAUGUCCUGGGCCUCGGGGCCUGUAGGUGAAACCUUUGUGUCCAGUGCCCCGGGGCCUGUGGAUUUCUGCAAAACUCUGUCCAGACAGAUGAGGAUGCAGGGUUUGUCAGUCCACAACUAAACACUGACCUUCCAUGUUAGGUGAUCUUUUUGCAAUUAAGAAAGUAAGGAAAGACAACAAAAAAAGUCAAUUUAUCAUCUGGCAAUUAUAAAUAAGAAUUCUCAAAUUAUUUUUAAAUUUGUAUUUUUGUUUUGUGGCCGACUGUACUAUAUGUCUUAUGUUGUAGAAACAUGGAAUCUAUCUAGACUUUCUGUCUAGAGUACAGUUCCUGGAGGUUAUUUUCCUCCAAGACUCAGUGAACAAAUACACUUGAGGCAAGUUAAGUGUCUUCUACCAGCCCUAAAUUCUAGACUUGGGCAAUGUGCUUACUGUCCAGUGGCCAAACCUGCCUCUCUAUAAUUCUCACAAAUCAAGUUUGAUUCUUAGUUUCGUGAAGUGACUUACUUUUAAAAGAAAUUUUAAAAGGAGUAAAGGGAAUACUCCUAUCUGCCAAAUGUAUUAAAUAUAGUUUUUGUAGAAAAAAAGUGAAUUUAUUGUAUUUCCCUUAAGAUUGUGAGGGAGUGUGUGUAGAGUAUAAUGAGCCAGCUGUUUCUUUAUAGUAGAUAUGGUCUGUAAUAAAGGAUUUCAUUAACUUCAAAACCUUUCCCCCAGGGAAUCGUUUUUCUGUUAAUCUCUUCAGGUGCUGCGCUGGUAAAUGCUACAUUAUUAUAAAUUAAUGUUGGCAUGCAUUUACAAUUAGGCAGAGUAUUGUGUAUACUUUAUAAUGGUGAAUUUAAGCUGAUUGUCCAUGUAAUGGAUUAGUGUACAGUUUUACAUAUUUGGAAACAUUUUGUAAAGUAGGUUCUAACCUCACAUAAAAUUACCUUUGAUAUUUGUGUUAAUAUUUUCAUCUGUGCCUUUUUGGGUCAUUUGAUUUCUACUAGGAUUUUCUGGUGCCUAUGAGCUGGCUAUCACCUACCUGGGAGGUGCUUAGAGGUGAAGGUACUAUUUCCAAAAGCACAUCCCUCUGACUCUACUUACCCUCAGAGUCUCAAUCUUGCCUCUUCUCCUCUGCUCUCUUUUUGAUGUCACUUAUAGUGAUGCCAUUGUUUAUAAAGAUUUAAAGAAAAGAAUCAUGCCCCCCAGUACUCCUUGACUGUGUUUCUGAUUUAUAACCAUUGCCAUGUUUGACUGUCAGAUAUUUGGCAUUUUUAUAAGAUAAUACAAGAGUAAAUUAGAAUGUGAAUUUUAAUGAUUUUUACAUAAUGAAGAUUAUGCUAGGUAGAAAUUACUAUAGAAAGUAGAUGUAUAUAAUCUUCCUUUCCUUAUACUUUGUAUGUAUUUAAAGGCAAAGAAAAUGUAAAGUAUCUGAAUAUUUCAGUCCAGAUCCGCACACAGCAAUUAUAAUAGAAAGACAAGCUUGUUUAAAAAAUAAAACAACAGAAAAACUGGGAAAAAAAUAAAAAAGGAGCUAUAGGACAUAGAAUUAGAGGCACAGUUAAAAUUUUGGCUUUGGUGUGCAUUAUUCUCAUUUUAAGUUUCGGUUUUACCCAAAGCUCAGACAAGUACUAGUAGUUUCCCAAACAGUUCUCACUGUUGAUCUUAAUUGAACAAGAGAGCAAGUAUUUGUUCUAGAAUUAAUACCUGUGGUGGUCAACAGUUCACAACUUUAUUAAUGCAUUUGAGUCAGUGCCAGCACUGUCUGUGUCUUUAGAGCAGACUUCUUGGAUCCCACUUUAUACUCAAGAGACUUAGACCCAGAUUUUAAUGUUACAUGGGGUAAUCUGAGAGAAAUGACACUGGAUUACAUAUAUUACACAGAAACCUAUGAGUAUUGUCAUUGAUAAUCUGAUAUUUUCUUGUUAGAAUGCCUUCCCUCCUUCUCACAAGUCUUAUUAAUUUUCCUGAUAAGUUACAUAGAGAAACAUUUCCUUAAAUUUGAGUUAUCUGCUAAGGAUUUAUUAGAAUGGAAACACAGCCUGAGUGACUUUAGGGGGGAAAAUCCAUGUAGAUUAUGGAAAUGCCUAGUUUCUGGUACUUGUGAUUGUACAUAUCUUUGAUCCCAGAACUCUAGAGGUGCAGGAAGAUCUUGGAUUUGAGGCCAGUAGCCAGAUCAAAGCAAGCCUGAGACCUAACAUUUGGGGAUUGAACAUUGUGGCCCAGGGUUUUGUCUCAAUGGGAAGAUUGAGAUUUGAGUCUGAAUUCUUUAAAGAAAUGAAUUUCAGAUUGAGCCCUGGGGAUUUAGAAUUUAAGUGAAGAGGCAAGUAAACUUUGAUGAAAAAGAACUCACUGCAUGGAGUUGACUACUUUAAUGUAUGACUUAUUAAGUAACUACUGUCUCUAUGUAUACAGCAUGUAAAUUUGAAGCUAUGUGAAUGUUUGUAGGUUUUCGUUUUUUUUUUCUGAAUUUUGUUUCAACUGUGUUUAGAGUGCUCUCAGUUGCCUUAUUUCAGUGAACAAAAAAAUCCAUAUUUUAUGUGGUGAACGCUUUAAAUGUGUCACUUGCAGAGUAGUGUGUAGAAAAAUGCUGGCACAAUUUUAAGUGGUUUGUGACAUUAUAUAUUAUAUAUGUACAUAUUUCUUUAUAACAUCCUUGUGUUUUGUAGUAUAAAUGUUCUGGGCAAGUUUUAAUAUUUCAAAUGCCUCUGGAUAUUCCAGCAAUAAAGGCAACAUGCUCUGCAAUAGAAUUUCUUGUUUGCCUACCUUGACACUACCAUGAUACAUAUUUGAGCAGGACUCCAUUUGAAAAUAUUACAGAAAGGGGGACUAAUAAUAAUACAUAAAUUUGUGAAUUGUGGUGAUUUCUCCUUUUGCAAGGCCAACCAUUUACCUUCCAGAUUUUGAUCCUAAGCCCUAAGAUCAAGAUUACAAAAUAUAUGUCUGAGUUUGUAGUUUAGAAUACAGACACCAUCAGCUGGUUUGGUGCUUAGACAUCAAAGACACUGUCAAAGACCAGCUCUGUGGUUUCUGCUCAUUUGUUUAAGGACACAGGUGUCAAGAGGACCAAAAUUCACUGAUUGACUUAUUCGUGUCCAGAAUUGUGAAUUUUGGCAAUAUAAGAAUAAUAAUAAUAUUAAUUUGACACCCCACAUUUGCAAAGUAGAGUAUGGGUAGUGUCAUUUUCAGAUUUUUGUCUCUCAAAUUUCUGACUUACAUAUCCAAUGAUGCAGAUUUCAAAGUUUGUAAGAACAAUUUUGUUUAAAAACAGAAACUUGCUCUUAGUUUUGUGACCUUGUGUACUUUUGAAAUAAAAUGAAGAAAGUA